AUGUCGAGAAUACCGAGCAUACCUGGACAGAUAUUAGCUGCAUCUGAACAGACGAGUCAACUUAAAGGAUGGGUACAGGAACUCUGUCAAACUAAAACAAAAUCAUUCCCUGGAUCACAGCCUGUUUCAUUCACUUGGAAAUCUAUGAAGUCCUUAGAAGAAGAAGAUUAUUGGGUUUGCGAGAAAUCAGAUGGUGUUCGCUGCUUAUUACUGAUUUUAAUGAAUGGUAUAACAAACGAACAAGAAACCUACUUUAUUGAUAGAAAAAAUGUUUAUAGACGCGUAUAUGGUUUACAAUUCCCAAAUUUCGAAGAUAGCACAUUUGAAACUCCAGCAACUGAUACUCUACUCGAUGGUGAACUUGUGAUUGACCACGAUGAAACUACUGGAAAGAAUACUUUGAUAUAUCUCGCUUUUGAUCUUUUAGUACUUGAACAUAUGAACCUUAGGGAAAAGCCACUUCAGUCUCGAUAUGGCCGACUAAUGACGUGGGUUGUAAAACCCUAUAAAAGCAUGCUCGAGUCUCGAGGUAAUCCUGAACAACCAUUUGAAAUAAAAGUCAAGCCUAUGGAACGCGCAUACUCAAUUGAGCAGAUCUUUAAAGAACACAUACCAAGAUUGCAACAUGGAAAUGAUGGACUUAUAUUUACUUGUGCAGAGAGUGGAUAUGUUAAUGGAACAGAUCCAAGGAUCAUAAAAUGGAAAAAUCCUAGUGAAAAUAGUAUAGAUUUCAAAAUAAUACUGCGAUUUCCGCCAAAAGAGGACAAUAAGGAAUUAAAUAAUUUUUCAAAGAAGCCCAUUUGCGAAUUACAUCAAUGGGAAGGCGGUAAAUCAUAUAGCUGGUUCGAUACCUGGAGAAUAAGUGGUGAAGAAUGGUGUCAUUUUAUGAAUGAAGGUGUAGACAUCCACAACAAAAUUGCGGAAUUUAGUUGGUUAAGCGAAGAGCAAAACUGGAAAUUCCUAAGGUUUAGAGACGAUAAAAAUGACGCCAAUCACUCAACUGUGGUUGAAAAGAUUUUAGAUUCAAUAAAAGAUGGUGUAAAAGCUGAAGAAUUAAUAAAAAAGGCACCACAGAUAAGGUCUUUAUGGAAAGCACGUGAACAACGACGAGGUUUAGGACAAAGUAGAGCACCAGUAGCAUCAUCACAGGACUAUAAGAUUAGAACAUAGAAAUAAUUGCAUCUUUUGUUUAUAAACCCGAUCUAGUACAUUAGUAUUUAAAUAUUUGAUCUUCUGUGUAACCUAAUUCCUUGAGGAUACCAGUCAAUUCACCUUGUGCACCUUUAUUGGUUUUGUUACCUGAAAUAGCUUUCAUCAUUGGUGGUGGACCACAAACAUAGGUCUUUCCGUUGGAACCUGGUGCAGGAAGGUUCUUUUUGAGGAUAUCACCAGUGAAGUAACCGACGAGACCAUCCCAUCCUGGUGUUUCCUUAUCGAUAGUGUAAACGACAUUGAAUUGUUCAGGAUACUUCUUCUUCCAGUCGUCGAGGGUCUCCUUGAGGAGGAUAUCCUCUGGUGUCUUGUUAGCGAACAAGAGUGUAACCUUUGUCUUGUCUUCUGGGUUGUUCAAGAUUGUCUCAGCUAAUUGUGUCAUUGGUGUAAUACCACUACCACCAGCGAUCAAACCAAUCUUUUCGUAAGUGUUUGGUACCCAUUUGAACUUUUGUAAUGGACCCUUGAUGGCGAGUUGAUCACCUGGUUUGAGUGAGUGGAUGUAUGGAGUGAACUUUCCGUCAUCGUACUUCUUAAUCAAGAAGUCGAUUUGUCCGCGGGUGUCUCCGGUUGAAAUAGGAGUGUAUGGUCUAAUAACUGGCUUUCCGUUAUCACCUUUUACGGAGUCGUCAGCUGCCUUAACAACAACAAGACCAGCUGUUUCGAGACCUGAUACUGAGGAACCAGGGAGCUCAAAUUCAAAGAUUGAAGAAUCGUGGUUGUACUUUUUGACAUUCUUGAGUGUGAGGUUGGUGAAGUUCUCCUUUGUGAGAGCAACCUGUGGUGUUUGAAGGCUCUCUAUUCUGUCAGACUUUGAGGUUGAAGCAGGAAGAGGACCUGAAGAGGAAUCCUUGUUGAGGAGUGUGUAUCCACCAGCGAAGAGGGCGAGGGCACCAGCGGCUCCAAUGUAUAAGCCUUUGGAGCUCUGUUGUGGGCCAGUAGAGUAAGAUCUAGUGAAUUUAGAAAUUGAUUGUAAGUUCCUAGCAAACAUCGU